AUGGAAAGCCACAGCUGCUCCGCCCUGGGCACGCUGGACUUCAGCCUGCUGUACGACCAGGAGAACAACGCUCUCCACUGCACCAUCACCAAGGCCAAGGGCCUGAAGCCGAUGGACCACAAUGGGCUGGCAGACCCCUACGUCAAGCUGCACCUGCUGCCAGGAGCCAGUAAGGCAAAUAAGCUCAGAACAAAAACUCUCCGUAACACUCUGAACCCCACGUGGAACGAGACGCUCACUUACUACGGGAUCACAGACGAGGACAUGAUCCGCAAAACGCUGCGGAUCUCUGUGUGCGACGAGGACAAAUUCCGGCACAAUGAGUUCAUCGGGGAGACACGCGUGCCCCUGAAGAAGCUGAAAGCCAACCACACCAAGACCUUCAGUAUCUGCCUGGAAAAGCAGCUGCCGGUGGACAAGACCGAAGACAAGUCCCUGGAGGAGCGGGGCCGCAUCCUCAUCUCCCUCAAGUACAGCUCGCAGAAGCAGGGCCUGCUGGUGGGCAUCGUGCGGUGCGCACACCUGGCCGCCAUGGAUGCCAACGGCUACUCGGACCCUUACGUGAAAACAUACCUGAGGCCAGAUGUGGACAAGAAAUCCAAACAUAAGACAGCGGUGAAGAAAAAAACCCUGAACCCGGAGUUUAACGAGGAGUUCUGUUACGAGAUUAAGCACGGGGACCUGGCCAAGAAGUCCCUGGAGGUCACCGUUUGGGAUUACGACAUUGGAAAAUCCAACGAUUUUAUUGGUGGCGUGGUUCUGGGCAUCAACGCCAAGGGGGAGCGCCUGAAGCACUGGUUUGACUGCCUGAAGAACAAGGACAAGCGCAUCGAGCGCUGGCACACACUCACCAGCGAGCUCCCGGGGGCCGUGCUCAGCGACUGACGCCCGCCUGCCACUGCCACCCCCACCGCCACCUGCGCCCAGCACGGCCGGCCCAGGCUUCCCCAGCAGCCACCAAGGCCUGUGGCCCCCACAUUGGGGGAGAUCCAGAACCCCUGCUUGGACCCAGAGCCACUGCAGUCCCCGCUCGGAGGACGUGGAGGGCUCAGCCACUCUGGGACGGGGAGGGCAGGGAGCUGGGGGUGCUCUCAGCCCUCUGGGGCCCAAGAGGCCGGUGGUGGAAGGAGACCUCAGCACCUGCCCAGGGGAAGGGGACAGGCCCAUCUGGGAGCAAAGACCUUCUGGAGGCCAGCCCAGGCUGAGAGGACAGGAGUGUGGGGGCACCCUGGGGGACAGUGGGAACAGAGGAGGGAGGUGGUGAGCAGACAGACAGGUGGAGGACGGGACCUUGAAGACCGACGGCUCCAGCCCAAGGAAGGCUGACCGCAUCCCUCAUCUCCAUCGCUGCUGGGCCGA